UGCAAGGCAUUUUUGGGUGUAUCAGUUAGAGGAAAGCUUCUCACCAGAAACUAAAAACAAUAUUCUGAUUCAGGAAUAGAAACUGAAACUAAUGUAAGACUAAUAAAGGCACACCAGUCUCCCAGGAAGCAACAGACAAAUCCAGAAAUACCCAUGGCUGCUGCCAAUGCCAGAGGUCCCUUACCCAGAGAGAACAACCAAGGGUGGAGGUUAGAGCCAACAGACUUCAGGACAAAUUUUUCACCUAACCAAAGUGGACCGGUGGUAUACCUGCUGUACGAAAUCAGGUGGAGAAGAGGGUCCAUCUGGAGGAACCAGUGCUCGAACAAUCCUAAGCAACAUGCUGAAGUCAACUUCUUGGAAAAUCAUUUCAUUGACAGGCCACAAGCUCCUUGCUUCAUCACCUGGUUCCUUUCAACCAGUCCUUGUGGAAGCUGCUCCAGAAGGAUUGUGGAGUUCCUGAGGUCACACCCUAAUGUGACCUUGGAAAUAUAUGCAGCCAGGCUGUUCAGGCCCCAUGAUAUCCGUAACCAACGGGGUCUCCGCAGCUUGCUAAUGAGUGGAGUCACUAUACGUAUCAUGAAUCUUAAAGAUUACAGUUACUGCUGGAGAAAUUUUGUUGCAUACCAACGUGGAGAAGACCAUUAUUGGCCCCAGAAUGUAACUAUAUACUCCAUUCUGAAUCUCAGAAAACUCUUUCAUAUCCUUUCGGGGCUUCCUCCACUUCCAGAAAACUAAAUGCUAACGAGCAUCACCACCAUGCUUUCAAGCUUGGUUUGUGCAUUAAUACAAGCCCAGAAAAGCCCGUCCCUGGAAGUCUCUUCUUCUGCGGCUGUCUUGGGUUAUGUAACAAAAAAAAAAAGUGUAUUCUAUUUCAUCUGUAGAAAGCAUUUGGGAGGUGGUUUCUUUUUUCUUUAUCUCUUGUAGCUCCAGAGGGGAGGAGGGUGGAUGCCUUCUGAUAAUAGACCAUCUGUUAAAACCAAGUGGUGCAGUGUUUCUUAUCUUUUUCAUCAACUUUGUCCACCCUCCCAGGGAUAUCUUCUGUUAAUUAAGGUUCACCAUUAAGGUUCACCAGUGACAUGACACAUUACAUCAUCCCAUUGUGAGAUGCUCCACUCAGUGGGGAGGAGCCAACCAUGCCCUACCCAGAUAAAAAUGGGGACACAGGGAUCCCAAACAUCCAGAGGAAGACGGGGGUCAUCUCACCACCACUGAACCUGUUCUCAGGAUCAUCUCUACUCCAACAGAACCACAUCUGUCACUCCAGGAGGAUUUAUUUGGACUGCUUCCAACACCCUGGCCAACAGGGUGUUGGGUCAUACUCCUGACUCCGUCAGGGUUUUCUAGGACUUUUGCUUGUUUGCUUGCUUGGGGUUUUUUGGCAUUACUGCAUUUGUAUUUUUAAUAUUCCUAGUAAAGAGCUGUUAUUCCUAUUCCCAUAUUUUUGCCUGAAAGCUCUUAAUUGCAAAAUUAUAAUAAUUUAGAGGCAGGGGGUUUAACAUUCUCCAUUUCAAAAGAAACUCCAGUUUUCCCUGACAGAUACCCGUCUUUCCAAACCAAGACAGCAGCCUUGAUAAGUUUCUUGCUGCCACCAGAGAAAACUCCCAUCACUGGCUGGGCAUUGCUAAGUAUUGAUCAGGACAGAAGGAGCACAGAAGAAGCCAUCAGGAAGCUCGGAUGAUGCAGCCAGGCAUCCAGGACACUCUGGUCUUUACAGAGCUUCCUGAGAGUUCAGUGGAGAUGGACACCAUGCCCCAUAAUCAGGCCUUCCACAUCUGCAGCUUCUGCAAUCAGAUUCUGCAAGUGCCCUCUUGAGAGGCCAGCACGUAACAUUUUUCAUACUCUGAUCUGUUCCAAAGAAAUAAUCAGCCAUGCAUUCUUGCUUUCAGAAUUUCUUAUGUAGAUCACUUUUAUGUCUAUGUGUGUAUGUCUCAGAGAAUAUAUCAUGCUAUUACAGUAUUUAUGCAAUACUGUAAUAAUACUUCAUUUUAAGGCUUUAUUUAUGAGUGUAAUCUUUAUUUAUGACUGUAAAACCAGUGUAAUAAAAGGGAAGAUGUC